AUGCAAUUUGCCUUGCGAGACGCAUCCACGGUCGACGGGUCCGAGUGGAAAAACCUGAUCUCGCUCUUCAAGGGAGCCGAUGGAAAUGUGAGCACCUUUUGGGCUGUGCAAGAAGAAGACAAAAAGGUUGCUGGCAUCGCAGUGAGCUGGAAGUCUCUCGACAAUCAGGCUGCUUUCUUCAAGAAAAUCGAGCUGUCUAAGGCUAUCAAAGCUGUCACUUCGAAGUCUAUCUAUAACGACAUGGUCAUCUUCCUCGUCGAUCCAGCGCCUACUCUAAGCGCUCCAGCGGUCGAGUUGGUCUCUUGGAUUUAUCUAGUCAGCAAGAUCGACAAGGAACGAGAGGACAAGGUCGCUUACGGCUUCUUAAAGUUUGCCGACGCGAUCAGCUCCAGGGCUCCCGAGGCUGCUGGCGGUCUCGUUAGCGGCUGGGGUCAAAUGCCUUUCGAGCACGAGGACGUCGAGUCUCGACGAUUCACUUCUUUCAUCGGUUGGAAGAGUGUUGAGGACCACUACAAGUGCAAGGAGACGCCUCCCUUCCUUGAGAACAUACAUUGGUUGAUGGAGAACGACGAUUCGGGAAUAGAGAUGGUGCAUUACAAGUAUGUGGAUUCGGCAUAA